GCAGAUGACUCACCCGACUGGGAUGAAUCUCCGUGUUUGGCGCGUGUAAAUGUGGCGCGUGCGAGGAUGCCUCUAUUCUCAAGGUGUGAGCCACUAUGUGGCGACUAGUCAGCACUCUGAGCUCUGUAAGGCUUUACACGUGUCGUGUUCAUGCUGCAUGUAGUUUUGGAGCAAUAUGCAUGGCGUCGAAGAUACUGUUGACCCUGAGAUUCCCUUUAAUUACAAUCUUGGCCUCGUUGUUUGGGGGAUUGAAAAGACCGCAGUAACCUUGAUCAACGUCCGUCCAUCAGAAUCAACCAAGGACGUGGUUGCUUGUGUGGGAUUUAGAUUAGAUUCUUUUUACGUAACUGACCGUCUUUCUCCCGUAUUUUUCCUUUGAAUGGUCGCAGUAAGAGAGAAAAGGAAAAACGAAGGAUGGGGUGGCGGAAGCAGGAAUAGAAAAAGGGGAAAGCAGAGAGGGAAAGGUUGAAAACCGGAGGCAGACAAGAGAGGGGCAAUGAGAGAAUUUGGCAAUAAAUACAAGCAGUUUCCCAUCAAACACAAAUUUACAAUUUUCUCACAUCCUUUUCUCUUUCCCAAACCACUUGCGCCCUCAAACCCACGCCCUCCCUCACUUAAAUAUCCCCCCACAUCUCCUCUUCCAUCCCCUCACUCUUUCUCCUCCCCUUUUCCCCAUUUUCUCGCCCUUUUUUCCUCCUUUCCAAACACCCCAGCCAUGCGGAUGAGUUGUAAUGGCUGUCGAGUCCUUCGCAAAGGCUGUAAUGAUAGCUGCACUCUCAGACCUUGCCUUCAGUGGAUCAAAAACCCCGAUUUUCAAGCCAAUGCCACCGUCUUCCUCGCCAAAUUUUACGGCCGCGCUGGCCUCAUCAACCUUAUCAAUGCUGGCCCCGAACACCUCCGCCCUGCUAUAUUCAGAUCAUUGCUGUACGAGGCUUGUGGGAGGAUCGUGAAUCCGAUAUACGGCUCGGCCGGGCUUCUGUGGUCGGGAAGCUGGCAACUUUGUCAGUCGGCGGUGGAAGCAGUGCUCAGCGGCGCUCCGAUCAUGCAGAUUUCGGCUGAGUCGGCCGUCAGCAGCAUGAGCCCGCCGUUGAAAGCAGGAGAUAUUCGGCACGUGUCAAAGGAUGAGAACUCUGCUGGCUCUUCUCACGAGCUUCACAAGGUUAAGAGCAGGGGGCGGUUCAAGCGCUCGAGUGGGAAGCCCAGGGCCAGAGUGGAGUCGGCUGCGGAGUUCGACGAAUCGGCUGGGGUUAUCCUAAGCCGGUGCUAUAAAAGCGAGCUGAGUCGUGACUCGAGAGUGAGUCAUCCAGGGAGCCGCGAGAGCGGAGAAGCAGACAGCAUGUCGGUGGAGACUGUGGAGGCUUCGCUAGUGAAGCCGACGCGUGAUGGGAGCGACGUGGAGCUGGAGCUGACACUGGGCUUGGAGCCGAUUCCAAAGGUGCAGAAGGCGUGUGCCGUGGUGAGAGAGAAGGAAGAGAUGGCCGGCUCAGAAGACGACACCUGUAAAGUGGAACUGGCUCUUGAAUACUCUGGUUAAAAGACAACAACUUUCUUGUCCGUAGAUAGAACCAGUUUUGGCGGCUCAGAUUGGGUUGGAUUCAACGGCUGUGAUCGCAAUGAGUUUUUUUUUUUUUUUUGGGUAGAAUCGUGGAAGUAGCGUAGUUUCUUUUUUGGGUAAAUUAUGUAUUGAGGGUGGUGUGGAAUGUACACAUUUGGUCACAGAGAAAUAUACAUAUUAUGUGGGUAAGUUUCUAUUUUUAGAAAAA